GGGGAGCCCGGGUGUGCUCGGCCCGGCCUGGGUGCGUCCCACACGGAGAACUUUGCCCCGUUGGGAGCUUUGCUUUGUGCAUGCAAGGCGGGAAGAGAAGAGGCAUCAUCAAAUUCACCUGCAGCUUUUGUCCACGUUGGACCACAUUUCUCCUCCUCUCCGUGAUUUACGAGAACUGCAUUGGCGUCAGGAUCCCGUCCUCGUGCAACCUUCUUCCGGCGACAACAAUGCGCACUCAUCCCGGAGCCCCUUGCGGACUGUCGGCGUGCACCGCCGCCGGGUUGUAGCGCCCGCCCAGCCGGUUGACGUGCGGCGGAGGUUCGGCGUAUGUCCGGCGGCCCACGGACCCCGAGAUGCCGGCCAGGAGGAACCGGUACAACCUGGUGGAUGACGUGGCGGACUCCAGGUUGCCGCUGCACAACGAGGAAGCUUACCAGCAUGGGAUCUCCUUCCAAGCUAAGUAUGUGGGGAGCCUGGACGUGCCGCGGCCCAACAGUCGCAUGGAGAUCGUGGCGGCCAUGAGGAGGAUAAGGUAUGAGUUCAAGGCCAAGAACAUAAAGAAGAAAAAGGUCAGCAUGGUCGUGUCUGUGGACGGCGUCAAAGUGCUGCAGAGGAAGAAGCCCAAGAGGAAAGAGUGGACGUGGGACGAGAACAAGAUGCUGAUCAUGGAGGACCCCAUUUACAGGAUUUUCUACGUGUCACAUGACUCCCAAGACUUGAAGAUCUUCAGCUACAUCGCCAGAGACGGCUCCAACAACUCCUUCCGGUGCAACGUCUUCAAAUCUAAAAAGAAGACGCUGGCCAUGCGCAUCGUGAGGACGGUGGGACAGGCCUUCGAGGUUUGCCACAAGCUCAGUCUGCAGCACGCCGAGCAGGACGCUGAUGGACAGAGUGACAAGUCCACGGAGGAGUCCAGUUCUCACGGCCGGACCCUGACUAGGGCUGAGCGAGGGGAGGAGAACGGUAAAGGAGGACAGGAUGAGGAGGAAGCAGCGGCCGACACUUCUCUGUGUGAGAAGACCCUUAGUGGAAUCCUCAAGAGCCUGGCGGAACUCAGCGUGGUCAAACCAGGACAGACUAUCACGGACCUCGAUGGAAGGUCGGUGUUUACGGUCACGUCUCAAGGCGUCACUCCCAGCAGCCCUUGCUCCCCUUCGCCAAUGCCGCUGGCCUCCCAGCACUACCUGCAGCUCCUGCAGCAUCAGCUGCAGCAGCAGCAGCAGCACACGCAGGUGGCCGUCGCGCAGGUGCAGCUGCUGAAGGAUCAGAUGGCGGCGGAGACGUCGGCUCGCAUGGAGGCGCAGGCCCGCGUGCACCAGCUGCUCAUGCAGAACCGAGACCUGCUGCAGCACCUGGCCUUGCUGGUGCAGCAGCUCAAAGAACUGGAGGAAGGAGCCUCCGCUCAGACGGUACAGUCAGGGCGGCCUUCUGUCAACGGACGCAUUGUUUCCACAUCAGCGAGAUCGCUGUCUCUCAGCCUGAAGAACCCCUGCAACCGGACGCUGGCGCAGCUCAUCACCUCCACGCCGGCAUGGCCGCCGCACGCCACUGACACCGACGCCGUCGUCGGGGCCGAGUCCUUCCUGCUCAGCCUGGAGAGCAGCUGCAAUCACCACGAGCUCUCGGACCCCUUGGUCAGCACCAACGGAGCGGCUGACGACCUGGAGGGUGCUGGCGAGUCCAAGGAACUGGUCCCGUUCACGUUGAGAAGCUCAGCCAACACGCAGGAAAAGUGCGAGCAGACCAUCCCCAAGCUGGACCCUCCUCCACCCUCCUUGAGCCGCAAGCGCGCCAGCAGGACCUUGUCCCCGGGGUCAAAGGUGGUAUCUUUCCUGGCCGCCCACCCGAGCCGCAGCAGCAGCCUGUCCUUCCCGGACAUCACCCCCGGCUCGCUGUCCUCGGCGGACUUCCAGUCUUUCAGCUCCGGCUCGGCCAGCGAGGACUCGGGCGUGCGCUCGGAGACCAAAUCCUUGCUCUCGCCCCUGCAGGGCGACGACGAGGACGUGUUUGGGGAGCCCGGGGCGUUUCUGACGGCCUCCAGUUGCGACGAUAGUCCUCAGGAUGAGCCCGGGUCCUUAGGUUGGUGUUCACCCGUGCUCCCGUCCUCCUCGCCUCCCGUGAACCACACCUGUCUGCACAUCAGCUUCUCUGAGGACGAGUUGCUGGACACCUGCCAGGAGGACAAGUCCGUCCCACAGCGGAGUUAGGGGACGUCUCCUGGACUUCCACACCAGGAUCUAAGUCCAUGUACAAACCAAUAGAUUUAGUAUUUUUAUAACAAAAACAACCUUUUUAGUACGCAACUUGUAGCAACCCUUGCACUUUCCUUCAUAGAAUCCACAGUUUUGUUUUGAGCUUUUAAAAUGAUGUUGGGAGGAGCCUCGUGACCUGCAAAGCACCUGAUUGGAGGAUGGACAGGAGGCACCAGGAAGUGAGAUGAUGGGGGAAAAGGCGGAGUUUUGCUUCAAUACAAGCGUUUUUACACUUGAGGGCCACAGAAUGACAAAUCAAAGGAUGCGGCGGCCAUUUUGUCAGUUUUCAACCUCAAAGUUGGUCCAAAAGAAAAUGCAUUUUCAGUGGAAAUUUUGUGUACAUGCUGAAUGAGCCGAAGCCGAACUCAAAUGCUAACAGAUAGCGUCAAGUAACAAGAAAUGUAAGCUAAAUAAGCUGACAGUACUACGCUAACAUGCCAACAAUAGCAUGAUUACAGUUAGUUUUUGUGAAAUAUCAAAAUAUAUGACUCUGAGGUGUACAUGGGAUGAAUUAUUUCAAAAAGCUAGUGUGCUAAUGUUAGAAUACUAAGAUGCUAACUGUAACAUAUAGUAUAGUAUCAAAACAUAUUACUGAAAAUGUGUUUAAAAUGCUAGCAUGCGUCAAGUACCAAAACACAAAUUAGCUAAAAAAAAAUAAAAAAGAGCUGGCAAAAUAACGUUAGCAUGCUAACAGAUAUCUUUGGUCAAGUAACAAAAUAUUUGACGCUGAGGUGUUUUCCUGCUAAAUUACCUUAAAAAAAAAAAGAAGGAAAGGAAGCUAGCAUAGUAACAUUAGCAUGCUACAGGUAUCAUUCGUCCAAAAACAAAGUAUUGGACACUGAGGUGUAUACCUGUAAAAUUUGCUAAAUGGAAAAAAAAAGAAGCUAGCGUACUAACGUUAGCAUGUUAACAGGUAUCAUUUGUCAAGUAACUAAAUAUUUGACGCUGAAGGGUGUACCUGCAAAGUUAGCUAAAAAAAAAGGAUCUUUCGUCAAGUAACAAAAUAUUUGACGCUGAGGCGUAUACCUGCAAAAUUAGCUAAAUGCGUAGAAAAUAGGGGUGUGGGAAAAAAUCGAUUCGAAUUCGAAUCGCGAUUCUCACGUUGUGCGAUUCAGAAUCGAUUCUCAUUUUUAAAAAAUCUAUUUUUAAUUUUUUUGUUAUUAUUUUUAAUUUUUUUUAUUAUUUUUAAUUUUUAAUUUUUUUUUUUUUUUUUUUAUUAAUCAAUCCAACAAAACAAUACCGAGCAAUACCAUAACAAUGCAAUCCAAUUCCAAAGUCAAACCCGACCUAGCAACACUCAGAACUGCAAUAAACAGAGAAUUGAGAGGAGACACAAACACGACACGGAACAAACCAAAAGUAGUGAAACAAAAAUUCAUAUUAUCAACAACAGUAUCAAUAUUAGUUACAAUUUCAACAUCCCUCAUUGACAUUAUCAUUAGACAUUUAUACAAAUAAAAAUAAAUGAACAAUAGUGUCACAGUGGCUUACACUUGCAUCGCAUCUCAUAAGCUUGACAACACACUGUGUCCAAUAUUUUCACUUAGAUAAAAUAAGUCAUAUUUUUGGUUAAUUUAAUAGUUAAAACACAUUUACAUUAUUGCAAUCAGUUGAUAAAACAUUGUCCUUUACAAUUAUAAAAGCUUUUUACAAAAAUCUACUACUCUGCUUGCAUGUCAGCAGACUGGGGUGGAUCCUGCUGAAAUCCUAUGUAUUGAAUGAAUAGAGAAUCGUUUUGAAUCGGGGAAAAAUCGUUUUUGAAUCGAGAAUCGUGUUGAAUUGAAAAAAAAUCAAUUUUUGAAUUGAAUCGUGACCCCAAGAAUCGAUAAUGAAUCGAAUCGUGGGACUCCCAAACAUUCACAGCCCUAGUAGAAAAGCUAGCAUACUAACGUUAGCAUGCUAACAUGUAUUCGUCAUGUAACAAAAUAUUGGACGCUGAGGUGCAUAUCAGCAAAAUUAGCUGAAUGAAAAAAAAGCUAGUCUACUAAUGUUAGCAUGCUAACAGGUAUCUUUCAUCAAGUAACAAAAUAUUGGAAGCUUAGGUGUAUACCUGCAAAAUUAGCUAAAAAAACAAAAAACUAGCACACUAAUGUUAGCAUUUUAAUAGCUAUCAUUUGUGAAGUAACAAAAUAUUUGACGCUGAGGCACAUACCUGCAAAAUUAGCUAAAUGCAGGGAAAAGCUAGCAUACUAACAUUAGCAUGCUAACAGGUAUUCGUAAUGUAACAAAAUAUUGGAUGCAUACUUGUAAAUUUAGCUAAAUGAAAAAAGGUAGCACACUAAUGUUAGCAUGUAACAAGAAUUUUUUGUCAAAUUUCAAAAUAUUUGACGCUGAAGUGUAUACCUGCAAAUUUAGCUAAAAAAAACACAAAAAAAACCUAGCAAAGUAACGUUAGCAUGCUAACAGGUAUUAUUUGUCAAGUAACAAAAUAUUGGACGCUGAGGUGUAUGUAUACCUGUAAAAUUAGCUGAAAGGAAUAAAACCUAGCAUACUAACAUUAGCAUGCUAACAGGUAUCAUUCGUCAAAUAACAAAAUAUUGGACUCUGAGGUGUAUGCCUGCAAAAAUUAGCUGAAUGAAAAAAGUUGGCGUACUAAUGUUAGCAUGCUAACAGGUAUCUUUCGUCAAGUAACAAAAUAUUGGACACUAAGGCAAAAUUUGCAUAAAGAUAAUAUAAUGAUAACGAUUGGGCCAUAGUUCGGACACCCCUGCUUUAAUAUGUGUACAUAUUCCGUAAGUGGAUUAUUGCAAACAUUGUAAGCAGCAUGACACAUUCGCUGAAUACGUUAAAAACGUUGUUUACGCUUCAUAAACACGUCAAAGUGAGGAAGGGAAGAGGAGAUAGCGUUCAAGUGCAGGUUGCUGGUGAAGGCUUUUCUCAACAUCACUUUGUGAGUCAGAAGCAAAAGAGCAAUACAAAUGUGAAUGUUUUCAUUGUUUAUUUGCUGCAAAUAUGACAAAAGUAAUAAAUCAACGGAAGGCACAGUUUGUUUCUUCUUGACAGUUUGGUAGGAUCUUUUGCAGCAUUCCAAAACACCCUCUAAUAAAUGAACACAUUGGAAACUC